AUGUCCACUGAGAAAUGCCUUUUUGAGAUACCUGCUUUCGUUUUCUUCAUCAUGAUUGAAACGAUAUACAUCGCAAGGCAUGGCUUCCGUUCUAAUUGGGUGACUAACAACUGGAACAACGCAACGGGACUUCCUCGCGAUCCGCCGUUAGCAGCUUAUGGGGUCACCCAAGCAGAGGAGCUGGCGACAUACUUCCUAUCCCUACCCGAAGAUAAACGACCCACGGCGAUAUUUUCGUCCCCUUAUUAUCGGUGUUUACAGACAUCUAAACCUGUCUCCGAUGCCCUAGGGUUACCGAUUUACGUAGAGCAUGGAAUAUCAGAGUGGUACUCUCCAGUAGCUCCCAACUCCGGACUUCACCCUCGCCCCAGUUCCGCAGCUACUCUCACCAGACAUUUCCCAUCAAUCGACCCGUCCAGCUGGUCCUCCAUCUUUUUCCCCACACGCAAGGGAGAAGAUGUCCCUGAACUUCACCAGCGCGUAGCCCAUUUCCUGACCGACUUCGUUCCAGAGGUAGAAAAAAUUAAACCGGAACAUAAGAGAAUCCUACUUGUCAGCCACGCAGCAACUAUCAUUGUCCUCGCGAGGGUGUUGUUGAGAGAUAAGGAGUUGCCUUUACGCGUAGGGACAUGUUCGCUUACGGAGGUCCAUAGGAAGAGGGGUAGUGAACAGGUAAUUGGAGGAUGGGAAUACGGAAAGUUGGCUGAAGCUGGCUUCCUUACCGGCGGUGUACAGAGGGACUGGGGUAUGGAAGAUAUUGUGAUGGAGAACGGGAAGGUUGUGGAGGACCGCGGGGUACCUGGAACGGAGCAUGAAUCAGAUGAACCGGUAGGAUCGCAGCUACACUCUCCGCCACCGAUUGCAAGCAGCCUUUGA